AUGCUACUGGAGGGAAGCACGAAGGCUGAGAUACUACCAGUUUGCCCAAGCCUGCGUAAAGAGACUGGGUCCUUAUACGUUCGAUUAACGAAUUCCAGUCAGAACGAAACGCGUGGCGGACUGCUUUUCCGACGCGGCGUGUCCUUUACGGAAGGCCUCGAAUUCCGACAUGUCGAAAUCUACACCAAAAAUGUCUUGAGCCUGCUGAAGUGCCGCGUCUUUGUGAACAAUACGCCUGGUAGUCUUCGCUGGGGCCUCACCAGCCCGGUCAUCAACAAUGAAAUCGCCCAUAUCUGA